AUGCCAAGGACAAAUUUGAUUAAAAUUCACUUGGGUUCAGGCUCAUUGCAAGAUGGAAUUCUAACCAUCAAAGGCAAUUACAUCAUGAACAAUUACAAAAGGAAUUUUCAAAUUGAAGCAAAGUGGAGGGAAAAAGAUACAUUCAAAUUUCCUUUGAAGAAAAGAAUUCAACACAUUUGCAAAGCUAUGUCAUUACAAGUUCAUCAAAAUCCAUUCAAACAUCCGCAUCAUGUUCAUCACAAGCUCUUUACAAAAAUAAAUGAUAUCAUGUUAUAUGAUACAUUACAUCACCAUGGAAAAUUACACAAAAUGUUCCUAAAUCAUAUCUCUCCAUCUUCAACCUUUCUCCAUUCAUGA